GUGUGUGUGUGUGUGUGUGUGUGUGUGUGUGUGUGUGUGUGUGGUCUUUCAAAGGACUUGUUCCCAUCAGUCUCAUGUCAGCCUCACCUGGGUGACACAGAAGUGAUCUCUCUUCACCUGAGAAUAAAAAAUCGGAGCUAUGGCAGCUCCACCUCGCCUAGAGCAGGUCAUUACAUCCUUGGUAGAGAUAUUUGACGAGUACGCAAGCAAAACCGACAAAGGCAAGAAGUGCAUGUUAAAUAAGGAAGAGCUGAAGGAGAUGUUAGACAAAGAAGUGCAAUGCCCUGAACUUAAAGGUAAAAUCAGCCCAGAAGACAUCGAGAAGGCCAUGGAGGUGAUGGAUAAGAACAACGAUGGUGAGGUUGACUUCAAAGAAUUCUGUAAGGCUGUCUCUUGCCUCGCCAAAUGCUACUACUGUAAGAAGCAGGGCAAAGGCGGAAAGAGAGGCAAACGCAAAGACGGAGAACAAGAAGACAAACGCAAUGAUCAACUAUCAAAUCCAUAGUUUGCAUCAAGGCAAAGUCUAAAGAUACUCUCUGUAAUGGAGCAUAUAUAGAGUAGAAUGUCUACAUUGGCAGCAUGCGCU